UUUUUUUCUUUAGCUAAACGCCAGCCAGGUUCUUAAUCUCCUCUCUCCCAUUAAGCAGUCCACGGGAGAGGUGGGAGCAUCGACAAGACCCAUGGCCGAGGUGGCCCUUAGUUCCGGCCACAAGAUGCCGCUCAUCGGGCUAGGCACUGUGGCGAUGCCUCUGCCGCCUCCUGAGGCCCUAACAGCCAUCCUCGUCGAGGCCAUUGAGGUGGGUUACCGCCACUUCGACACUGCUGCAAUCUAUGGCUCCGAGGAGUCCCUCGGUCGUGCUAUAACAGAGGCCCUUAAGCGGAGGCUCAUCAGGAGCCGCAAUGAGGUUUUCAUCACGUCCAAGCUGUGGUGCACCGACGCUGAUCCAGCUCUUGUUCUCCCCGCGCUGAGGGAGACUCUAAAGAGGUUGGGGCUAGAGUAUGUGGAUUUGUAUCUAAUCCACUGGCCAGUGAGGCUGAAGGAGACGGAGGGCUUCAACAUCACAAAGGAAAGCCUGCUCGACUUCGAUGUAAAGGGCACAUGGGAAGCCAUGGAAGAGUGCUCCAAGCUGGGCCUGUCCAAGUCUAUUGGGGUCAGCAACUUUGGUCCCAAGAAGCUCUCCCAAAUCCUCCAAUUCUGCUCCAUACCCCCUGCUGUCAAUCAGGUGGAGAUGCAUGUCGCGUGGAAGCAAGAGAAGCUAAGAGAGUACUGCAGGGAGAAAGGGAUACAUGUGAGUGCAUGGUCUCCCUUAGCAGCUAACGGAGCCCGCUGGGGUUCCAUGGCCGUCAUGGACAGUCCCAUCCUUAAGGACAUCGCCGAUGCCUGGGGAACCACUGUGGCUCAGGUGGCGUUGAGGUGGGUGUACGAACAAGGCUCGAGUGUGAUAGUGAAGAGCUUCAAUAAGGAGAGGAUGAAAGACAACCUUAGGAUCCUCGAAUGGGAAAAAGGACUGACAGAGGAUGAGUUGGAGAAGAUCAGGCAGAUCCCACCAUGCCAAGGAUAUCCUGGGGACAUGUUCGUCAAUAAGAGUGAGAGUGGGCCCGGUUACAAGUCGUUUGAUGAACUAUGGGAAUAACUGAACUAGCAUUUUACGCAGCCUUAUAACUGAUCUCUUUCAAUUUAAUUAUAUGUGCUGAAUUUUUUAGUCUAAA